AUGAUGCGACUCUCGCACGAGAACAUUAUCACCAUCUAUGGGGUCUGCGAGAAUAAACGCCUGAUGAUGAUUCUGGAGCUCGCCGAACUGGGCAGCCUGUUGGACUUUAUGCUCGACUACCCAGAACGCUGUCAGAUCCCCGAGCUCUACAAUUGGGCCAUGCAGGUAAGCCUUGUUGCAUCCCCUAAGCCUCCCCCAUACGUCUUGCUCGGCCAUUUUAAACGAGAAGGCUCAGGUGGAGCUCGUUGGCUCAUUGCGGACUGA